AUGGAUGCUUCUGUUGCUCUACACCGGAGCUCCGACGACUCCCGGAAAUCUCCAUGGUCCCCGGAGGACGACCUUCUUUUCCGGCAAGAUUCACUCCCUUUCAAUUCCAACGAUUCCGAAGAUAUGCUACUUUUCGACAUACUCGCAGCAGAUCUGGCCGAUCAAUCAUCGGAAUCCAAUUCAUCCACCAUCGCCGACGAAGUUUCUUCCCAGUCAAAACCCGUCAACCACAAGUCAUACCGCGGAGUCAGGCGACGGCCAUGGGGGAAGUUCGCGGCGGAGAUAAGAGAUUCCACCAGAAACGGAGUCCGCGUAUGGCUGGGGACGUUUGAUAGCGCGGAGGAGGCAGCCAUGGCUUACGAUGAAGCGGCGUUUUCAAUGAGAGGGUCACUGGCGGUGUUGAAUUUUCCGGUGGAGAGAGUGAAGGAAUCACUGAAGAAGAUGAAGUAUGGGUUUGAAGAAGGGAGUUCGCCGGUGGUGGUACUCAAGAAACGACACUCUCAGAGGUGUAAAAGGGAAGAGAAAGUGGUCGCUGGCGACGGCGACGGCGAGAAGGUGACGAUGGUUUUGGAGGAUUUGGGUGCUGAUUAUUUGGAUCAACUAUUGAGUUCAUCGGAAACUGGUAAGAAUACUUCGAUGGCUUAA